CAGCAGCUCAGUGGUUCGGACGGCCGGCGAACAGCACAGCUCUCUGCAUCUCUGCCUUUUCUGGUCGCAUCCAUCUUAUUGCAAACGACAAAUCUGACGCUAUGAACUCCCUGAACCAGCAGUAUGAGGAGAAGGUGCGUCCCUGCAUCGACCUGAUCGACUCCCUCCGCUCCCUGGGAGUGGAGAAGGACCUGGCGCUGCCUGCCAUAGCCGUGAUAGGAGACCAGAGCUCCGGGAAGAGCUCGGUGCUGGAGGCGUUGUCAGGAGUGGCACUGCCGAGAGGAAGUGGCAUUGUCACGAGAUGUCCUCUCGAGCUGAAGAUGAAGAGAAGGAAAGAAGGUCAGGAGUGGUACGGAAAGAUCAGUUACCAAGAACAUGAGGAGGAGCUGGAUGAUCCUGUAACUGUGGAGAAAAAAAUCCGCGAAGCACAGGAUGAAAUGGCCGGAGUUGGGGUAGGGAUUAGCGAUGACCUCAUCACUCUGGAAAUUGCUUCCCCCGACGUACCAGACCUGACUCUCAUCGACCUUCCUGGCAUUGCCAGGGUGGCUGUAAAGGGACAACCGGAGAACAUCGGUGAUCAGAUAAAGCGACUCAUCGACAAGUUUAUUCGGAAACAAGAAACCAUCAGCCUGGUGGUGGUUCCGUCCAAUGUGGACAUCGCAACGACGGAGGCGCUGAAGAUGGCUCAGCAGGUAGAUCCUGAAGGAGAGAGGACGCUGGGUAUUUUGACCAAGCCUGACUUGGUGGACAAAGGCACAGAAGAGACUGUGGUGGAAAUAGUCCACAACGAGGUCAUCCAGCUGAAAAAGGGCUACAUGAUCGUCAAAUGCAGAGGUCAGAAGGAGAUCACGGAGAAGGUGUCUCUCAUGGAAGCCAUGGAGAGAGAGAAAGACUUCUUUAAAGAUCACGCCUACUUCCAUACUCUGUACAACGAAGGCCAUGCAACUGUUCCCAAACUGGCUGAGAAACUCACUCUUGAGCUGGUGCAUCACAUUGAGAAAUCCCUCCCAAGACUGGAAGAGCAGAUAGAGGAAAAGCUGAAGCAAACUCAGGCGGAGCUGGACCGUUACGGUAAUGGACCCCCAUCUGAUGCGGCAGAGAGACUCGUCUUCCUGAUCGACAAAGUGACAGCCUUCACCCAGGAUGCCAUCAGUCUGACCACAGGGGAGGAGCUGAAGUGUGGAGAGAGACUGAAUGUCUUCUCUGUGCUUAGAAGAGAGUUUGGGAAAUGGAAGGCCCACCUGGAACACUCGGGAGAAAACUUUAACCGGAAAAUUGAAAGAGAGGUGGAAGAAUAUGAGGAAAGGUAUCGUGGAAGAGAACUACCAGGCUUCAUCAACUACAAGACCUUUGAGGUGAUGGUCAAGGAGCAGAUCAGACUGCUGGAAGAACCAGCGAUCAGGAAGCUAAAGGAUGUCGGAGAUGCUGUCAGGAAAACCUUCAUUCAGCUGGCGCAAAACAGCUUCACAGGAUUUCCCAAUCUUUUGAAAACAGCCAAGGCAAAGAUUGAGGCCAUUAAGCAGCAAAAAGAAUCUUCUGCCGAACUGCUGCUGAGGACCCAGUUCAAGAUGGAGCUGCUCGUUUAUUCCCAGGACAAGACCUACAGCCACAAUCUGAGUGAAAGCAAGAAGGAGGAGGAGAGGGAGGAGAAGCCCCAAUUCGAGUUACCAAGCAUCUCCCUUUCAAGAAGGAGCUCUGUGUUUUGCAUGGAUAACCAUGCAACUCUUCAAGAACUGAUGGUGCAUCUUAAAUCAUAUUACAAAAUUGCGGGGAUGCGUCUGGCCGACCAGAUCCCCCUGGUGAUCCGCUAUGAGAUGCUGCAGGAGUCUGCCAUCCAGCUUCAGAGGGAAAUGCUGCAGAUGCUUCAGGACAAGGAAAACAUGGACUUGUUGCUGAAGGAGGACUAUGACAUUGGCAGCAAGAGGGCUGCUUUGCAGAGUCGCAUGAAGCGCCUCAUGCAGGCCCGUGCAUACCUGGUGGAGUUCUAGAAGUCAUGGGGCUUUUCACAAGCACAGCUAUUGCUGUAAACAUGACGCUCCUUUAUAAACUUUAACAUUUCUACUCUGCACUCCAUAAUGUCCACUGAAGGACCUAAAUGUAUUGUAAUUGGUAAUUUAGAGCUCAAUAUAUUGCAAAAGAUGUGAGUAGGUAUCACAACUAUUGUCAUAAGAAAAACAUCAUACAGCAGCUUUGUUUUUUUUUUCUGGUGUAGUAUAGAUUUGCUUCAAUGUAUCUUUUUCAGUAUUGUAGUUUAUUAUAGGAAGGGAUAAUUUCAAUAAAAUUUUAAGCAAAUCAA